UGUGCAGAAGGUAUUGUUUGUGUGUUGUGUGUCGUGUUGAGUAUUUGACGGAACAGUUGACAGAUGGCGGGGGCGAUAUUAGAAAAUCUAAGUGGGAGAAAGCUGACCAUACUGAUAUGUUUUUUAAUGUUGUGUCAGAUUAUUUGUUUUCUGAUUGGCGGACUUGUUGCACCGACGCCGUCUACCGCAGACCACAUUUUGGCCACAAAAUGUUGGGAUCCUGAUCCCAAAAAUAACACCGAGAAGUGGUUCUACGCUCGAGGUCGCGGUAAAUGUCAAACAAUUGAUAUACACGAUCACACUGAGCCAAAUAUGCAAGCAAAUAAUAUUGUCUUCGUUUUUCAAAUUCCACUACCAAGAGACAGUUUAAUGCACGAUUACUCGCGGUGGCAACAAAAUCUUAUUGGAAUCCUACAGAUUGAUAUAGUGUACCAAAAAGGAGUCGAUGAAAUGGAGCCGCGCGUUCCGUUGACGCUAAAUGCAAGGCUGGCUUAUCGAAAUAAAGGUGAUGCCGAUGACGACUGGAAAAGUUAUGCCGCUUCAGUUGAAGAAAGGAUCCUUGAGUGUUCAUCUGAUAGAAAACCUGGUUACAACUAUAACUGUUCAUUAGUUCCGUUGUUUGAGUUAGGUUCUCUUCAUCAUGAUUUCUAUUUAUUAAAUAUUCGCCUGCCAGUGGAUGCCAAUAAAACCAUUAACAAAGGUCUGGGACAUGUAGAAGACUUGUGGCUAGUUACCAUUAAUCAGAAUGGAGGUUUUACAAAAGUUUGGGUAUCUCUUAAAAGCGUAUUCUUCCCAAUAAUUAUUGGUAUAAUGGUAUGGUUCUGGAAAAGAGUGCAUCAGUUGUCUCGCUCCCCAGCACUUUUGGAGUACAUGCUGUUUUCUUUAGGAAUUGCACUAACUGUGUUGAAUGCACCACUUGAAUAUUUAACACUCUCAUUUGACAUGCCUUUCAUGUUACUCCUUUGUGAUAUACGGCAAGGCAUAUUUUACGCAACACUGCUGUCCUUCUGGUUGAUAUUUGCUGGAGAGCAUCUGAUGAUUCAAGAUACUGCGGAAAAAAAUACGCUGCGCACCUACUGGAAACAUCUGAGUGCUGUAGCUACUGGUUGCAUUUCUCUUUUGGUGUUUGAUAUAUGUGAACGUGGAGUGCAACUAAGAAAUCCGUUCUACUCCAUUUGGGAUACAGAACUGGGAACAAAUUUGGCCCUAUCUUUCAUUAUAUUGGCGGGUAUAUCAGCAGGAGUAUAUUUUCUAUUUCUAACUUACAGAAUUUGGGCAGUGUUUUGCAACAUAAGUGCUAAAAGAUCAGCACUGCCUUCAUUGUCUUGUGCACGCCGUUUACAUUACCAGGGAGUAAUAUAUCGAUUCAAGUUCCUCAUGUUAGCUACAUUGCUUUGUGCAUUAAUGACUGUUGUGGGCUUCAUUCUGGGACAAGUAUCUGAGGGGCGGUGGAAGUGGAAUGAUCAAAUAGAGAUUGAAUUCACAUCAGCUUUUUUCACGGGUGUGUAUAGCAUGUGGAAUAUUUACAUAUUUGCACUUAUUGUUUUAUAUGCUCCCUCUCACAAACAAUGGCCAUCAGAAGCAGAUAUACGCAGCAAUUGUAAUGAGGAGAUUGAAUUCAGCCGAUUAGCUACUGAUCCCAGUGAAAUCUCAUCUUUAACGUCAUUUGCAAGGAAAUCUGCACUUGAUUAAUGGCAGUCUGUUGGUUGGUUGCAAGGUCUGUUGCCCUUGUCUUCAGUACCAGAAUCUGAUAUUUAACAGUUUGAGUUAUGGUAAUAUGUGUACUUACAGAUGGUGUAAAUGUAGGCAUUUGUUCAAAAUGCAGAUGAAAGAUGUGGCAUGCAAUAGUGUAUUAGCAUUGAGCAUGAUUUUGUGUAAUAAUUCCAGUCAUAAUUAUAAUCAUAUAGUAUUACCUGUAGCUUAAAAAGUGAUUAAAAUUUACAUUUUCAAGUUUAUGAUAUGCCAAUGGGGGACAUUCUCUGUAUGAACUAAUCUGAGUUGUGACAUUACUGACACUAUGCUAUGUUUAUAGUAUAGAAAAAUUUGUCAAAUUAUUAAGCACUUCAUUGUAAUCUCAAAUACAGAUCUGCUGUAUUUUAGUGGCUGUCAUCAUGUGUUUUAAGUAACUGGCUUUUGUUACAUUACUGACACUUCAUUAUUUUUAUAUUUUAAAAACAUUGCUACCAAAUAAACAAGGGUUUAACUGCAUUCUCAGAAAUCUACAUUUAACGUACUGUAGAGUGAGCUUAGUAAGUAUAUCAAUGAAGUGUGUUUAUUGUUUUUAUGUAUGUCUUUCAACAAAUGCAUAUUUAACUAGAGAAUCUCUUAUGGUCUGGCAGAUAAUUAUUUCAUUUCAUAAAUAUUCAUGGGCAUCUGCAGAAAUUUGUCAGGGGGAGGGGGGGGGGGGGGCAAGACUCUAAAAUUACCAUUUUAUUUUAAUGAUUCUGUCAGUUUAAAAAUGGGUUGUGCCACAAGAAAUAAAUUUUGUAGGUGACAAAAAAAAAUUUUUUUGGGUUCGCUCAGUACUUGCUGUAGGUAGAUCACUUCUACUCUGUAAUCCAGAUUCCAGGGGAAGGGGGUAAGUGCACUAUCUUCCUUUAUGCCCCCUCCACCUGUUUGCAGCCAGCUGUGUUCAUUUCUGCAUUCAAAAUUUGAAUUUGCCUGUUAGAAGGCAUGUGUAUGGGCAUUAACUGAGCACAAUAUUAUUGCACUAGGCCUCUCCCAUGGCACCCUCUUUCUGCAGGUGCAGUAAAAUUGUGGUUGACUGAUACAUGCUGUUUUGCUUAUAAGAAUCAUUUAAUUAUCUUAUUAAAUUAGUGACCUGAUAAGUUUUCAUUCAAUAAGAGACCUUUCUUCCUUAAUAGUAAUGUAUUUUCUGAUGAUCUACAUUUCAAGUGGUUUACUUUUGUGUAGUCAAUCAUACACAAUGUGGUUUUAUAGUCAGUGAACUGAUUUGCAUUAACCUAAUUUCUCCAAUUUCAUUUGGUAAUAUUUGGUUUAUUCAUUGAUGCAAAACAAACUUAAUGCAUCUAAUACCAGUACAUGAUUUAUAUUAUGUUGUGAAUAUUGUUUCUGUAUUUUCAUUUAGUCACUUUUAGUAACAACAUCAUAACUUCAACGCAGUUAUGUUAAAGGUUUUACAAUCAGUGUAAUAGUUUCUACACAUUAACAUAAUAAAAUUUGUAUGUUAUGUUGAUGUGUUUAGUACUUUGGUACUGCAUAGUGGCUUGAAAAUUAAAAUGUUCCUGCAGAUAAAGUAGUUAGGAAAGAUGACCAGUCCUAUAGGUGCCACCUUACUUAUGUCAGAUUUUACAUAUGUUUAUAUUUUCCUUGGACUAACAGCCGUUCAUUUCUGGAAAGCCUGCAGGGGGGGGGGG